UUUUGAAAGGCGAUUGUCGUCAUCGCAGACUCGUCUCUCUACGUUGUAUGUCGUCGUCGCUCGCCCGUAUGUGGAAAGUAGCAAUGUCGGAGGAGGUUGGGAAGGCGCUACAGUCGGUGGUGGAGCGGGUGAACCAGGCGGCGGCACGGCGGCCCAAGACUCUCCCAGCCGUGCCGCCCCGCCUCGUCGCCGUCAGCAAGACCAAACCUCCAGAGAUGGUUGUGGAGGCCUACAGACAAGGGCAUCGGAACUUUGGAGAAAACUAUGUUAAUGAACUCGUGGACAAAGCUUCUGAUCCUCUGAUUUUGGCCUCAUGUCCAGAAAUCAGGUGGCACUUCAUCGGCCAUCUGCAGAAGAACAAUGUGAACAAACUCCUGGGCGUGCCCAACCUGUUCGUGGUGGAGACGGUGGACUCUGCCAAGCUGGCGGACCGGGUGAACAGCUCCUGGCAGCGCCUCAGAGGAGCCAGCACCCAGAGGUUAAAGGUCAUGGUGCAGCUCAACACCAGCGGAGAACAGAAUAAACACGGGCUCCCCCCCGAGGACACGGUGAGCACGGUGCAGCACAUCCUGUCCCACUGCGCCGCUCUGGACUUCUUAGGACUCAUGACCAUCGGUCGCUACGGAUACGACCUCAACCUCGGCCCCAACCCAGACUUUCAGACGCUGCUGGGGCGCAGGCAGCAGCUGUGUGACGGCCUGCAGAUGCCUCUGGAGCGGGUGGAGCUCAGCAUGGGGAUGUCCACAGACUUCGACCACGCCAUCGAGGUGGGCUCCACCAACGUGCGGGUGGGAAGCGUUAUAUUCGGCAACAGGGAGUAUCCCAACAGUGCGACCAACACUCCGGCCCCCAGCCCGGAGAAAACCGCCAAGAGCGUGACAGAGGAGGCGGCCAAGAAGAUGCAGCACCUGACCGUGUCCAAACCGUGAGGAGCCGCUCUGAGGUCCUGGAGGAGAGAACCACACUGAGGAGAGCAGUGGAGCACAUAAUUUCAGCCACGUGGAGCUAGGAUUGCAAAAAUUGUUGCAUAAUUUUAAAGUGUAAUUGCCCUUGUUGCUCUUUUAAGCAUUAAAAAGCGGCAUUCAGUACAGAACUAGUUGUACCUUUUUUUAAAGUUGUGUGUUACUAACCUGUAGUGCUCUGACUUCCUUCCUUCAAGAUAACUGGCAAAGACACAAAUGUAGAAAACACGAUGACAUCUGGAAAAGAUGAGUGAAGAUUUGUUUGGAUGUGUCGUGAUAUUUUCUACCUUUCCAGUCCAACAUGUGACUUCUGAAAGAGUGUGUCCCAGACAGGAAUCCCACACAGUACAAUGUACCGUUUUUGUUGUACAGAUGAGACAAAGACUUGAUUUAAUAAAUCAUUUAUCCCUUUAUAAUGACACAUAGUAUUGUGUUUCACAUUGUUUCUUAUGGUGUUCCAGCUGUGACAGAUCUCUAUUCUUGAUAUGAAGGAGAGCGAACCUGGAGAAAGAGUUUUGUUUGUGUAGGUCUUGUGUUUUUGCGUUAUUGCAGAUGAACGAGUGAAUCUAUGCAAAGUGGUGUUUCUGUUUUCAGUGGAUUUUACACUGCAGCUAUAUCACGGUUUCGCAGUGGAUUCUGUCACAAGGUCAGUGUGUUGUCCUGUCUCCAUGAAAAGUGCUUUUACUGUCAGUGAUCAAACUAAACUAAUGAUUAACGUGUGGUUGCUGUCUUAUGAGGCGUUGUUUGGGAGGUCAAAGAUGAGCAACAAAUGUUUUUGCUGAACAUUUCUGCCGUUCGCCGUGUAUUUUCUUGUAUUUGGCAAAGUGGCUCUAAUAAAAUCAAACACAGAAAGUU